AUGAGACUCUCGCUUGUAUCGCUUCUCUUGUUGGCCUGUGCGAAUGCCGCAGACCAGGCAGACGCUCAGAACUAUGAUGAAUUGUUGAUGGUACUUCGCCGGGAGAACAGUCGUUCCGUUACUGGAGCACUGUUUGAGCUGUCCUUGGUUGAGAGAUCCAAUCUUCCUAUUGUGGACGAAAUUUUGAAGGCUCUUGCUGAUUCUGGCUUGGCCAAUUCUGUGAUUGACUUUGCGCUUCUCAACCCAGAACUCUUGAACAUUUCUGCCGACGCCACUAUUUUUGUCCUUCGGUCGGGAUUUAUCAACUUGGCCGAUGUUUUUAUCGCGUUGCAAAAGUCUGGCUUGAUUAUUCAGGUUUUGGAGCUUUCAUUGCAGGAUCCAGCAAUUCUUCCUGGCGUGCUUAAAAUCACGAAGGAGUUGUUGAGGCAACAAGGACUCAUCAAAGCUACCAAGAGAGCUGAUGUUGAGGAUUUGGAUGAAGUGGAUGUCACUCGUGAUGUUUCCAAGAGGGAAUCGGAGGCUUUGAAUGAGAUUUUUGCUGCGUUGAAGGAUUCUGGUUUGGCUGUAUCUGUUAUCCAGCACCUUCUCACCGACCCCAAUUUGACGGUUCCUGCUGCCACCUUCUUGUCCAAGAUUAUCCAGUCUCACGCAAUUACGUUGCCUCAGGUGGUGCUGGCACUCAUAGAGUCCAACUUGAUCUGGAACCUUAUUCGUGAAAUACUUGGUGACCCUUCAAUCUUGAAGCGAUUUGAGGCUAUCAUUGCUGAUAGGAUUGCCAAGGGAAUUAUUCCCCCAUCGCUUUGGGAACAGGCAUAG